AUGCCUGUUACAAUCAAUAUUCGUUACAAAUACCUCUUACUUGUCACUUUGGCAACCAUUUCUAUCUUGCUGUUCCUCUAUGGGCUCACACGAACCGACAUGCAGACAAUAAAAAACCCAACGAGUCUCAGUUCGCCCAAAAUUCACGAACCUAACAACAGAAAAUCGCUUUUCAUGAAGGCGCCUGUGAAAAACAGCGCACAAUGCGAGUCGACCAUUUCGUUUCAAAAGAAUGUCCUCUUUACUUUUUACAAGCAUUCCUUUGAGGGUAUCAGAAAGGUCGCGCUGAUCGGCUUUCCCGACCAUCCAAACAAGGGUGACAGUGCCAUUUACGUUGCUGAGCGUGACCUUUUAGAGGGCCUUGGCAUUGAAGUCGUCUACAUCUGCGCGUCCCAAUCUGAUUAUAGCACAUCUGACCUCCAAGCCAUUGUCCAGGAAUCCUCCCCCGAAGUGUUUGCUUUUGCUUUUCAUGGUGGAGGCAACUUUGGAGACAUAUACCCCGAUCAUCAACAACUUCGUGAAGACGUGAUUCGCGACUUCCCCAACGGCAAGUUUAUCUCUUUUCCCCAGUCAAUUUGGUACAACGGGGAAGCAGCCUUGCAAGAGACAGCGAAUCUCUACGCCGAGCAUCCUCAAAUUCAACUUGCCUUCCGUGAUCGUCAAAGCUAUCUCAUUGGCGUCGACGGGUUUGGUAAAGACAACGAACUCCUUCUCACUCCUGAUAUUGUCUUUUUCAUGGGCGACCUUUCCCAUAUUCGAGAAUCAACUCCUAUCAAGUCUGAUGUCUUAAUUCUUGCCCGCCUUGACAAGGAAGGAGGCCAGCAACACUCCUCCGAAUCCUUGUAUCAACAAGGUUUGACUUCCCACAAUGUCACUUACUCUGUCGAGGACUGGCUCGGUUGGGACCCCGAAGAAGUUAGGAAUCCAGAUGCUACUUUUGAUAUCAAAGGCAAAUCGCGCUUUCUUUCUGGUGCACAAUUCUUAGCCUCUCACAAAGCCGUCAUUACUGAUCGUCUCCAUGCACACAUUCUUUCCACAUUAAUGGGUAUCCCCCACAUUGUCAUCGAGGAUUCAGAAAUGAAAAAAAUUACAAACUAUCAUAAUACUUGGCUUCGUGGUUGUACUUCCGAUGGUGUAAGUGUCAUCGUCGAUUCUCCCGAGAAAGCCGUCGACACUUUACUGGAAUGGAAAAUGCAACAGUACAUUUAA